UGGCACGCUGUUACGUUGUCUCCAAAGACCACCUAGUCCUGCACUCUAGCAGUGACUAUCGCGGUCAUUUCAAGUCUUUUUAAUAUCUUUUUUAGUUGAUAAUUAAGAAAUGUCACAAGUAUCAUCCCACAGCAGAAGACGCGAUAAGCCGAUUCUAAGCUGCACGUUUUGUAGAGGUCGCAAACUUCGUUGCGACAGACAAUCUCCCUGUGGAGCUUGUACGAGGCGUGGGAAGCCUGUGGAAUGUGUUUAUAGCUGUUCGGAGCAAGAGCGAAAAGAUGCUAUUGACUAUCGGCCUCGUGCCACCAGAAGCCAACAGGCUCGUCAGAGGAUAGCUCGCCUUGAAAGCCUCGUCACUGAGAUGAGAGAUAUGGCACAACAGAAUUCCCGCCAACGAUUAAAAGAGGGGAUACAACCCCAAAGUACUCACAAUAGCUCGGAUCCGUCAUUAACUCCCCCGGAUAACCACGUUGUGGACAAUAUGGGCAAACUAAGUCUUACCGAAAACCACACAAUCUACACUGGUAGCUCUCAUUGGGUUACGAUAUUGGAGGAUAUCCGACGCCUCAAGGAUGAGCUGUCCCAAGAGUACCCCGAAAAUCCUACAAACCCAGAACCAGACUCCGGACCAUCGCCCAGACACCCCGCGACUAAGAUUUCCCUCCUCAAUAGUGCACAUCGCCUCCCAAGAGAACAAAUUUUGGCAAGGAUGCCUCCCCGCAAAGUGGUUGAUAGACAUGUUUCCCAAUUCUUUAAUACUUUCGACAUGGGUCGAUUUAUCCUGCCCCGGAACAAGUUCUUCUACGAGUAUGGAAACUUUUGGGAUAACCCCUCUAAUGUCCCUAUUAUGUGGGUCGGGCUGUUGUUCGGUAUCAUGAGUGUGUCUGCAUUUCUCAAGCAGCAAGAUGCUAAUACCCUUGGCAUAUAUCCUGCGGAGGCGCAAGAUACGUUAGAGGCUUACCGCGCUUCCACGAUCCACUGCUUAGUUGCUGGGGAUUAUCUCCGGCCGGGCAAAUAUACCAUAGAAACGUUGAUACUACUUUUUACGGUGGAUCAAAACGUUAACGUCGAUACGUCCAUUGGUAACUGGGUACUAAUUGGCGUUAUCAUCCGACUUGCAUUGCGCAUGGGGCUGCACCGCGACCCAUCACAUUGGCAAGAUAUUCGGCCAUUGCAGGCAGAGAUUCGGCGACGAAUAUGGAUAACCCUCUACCAGAUGGACUUCUUCACUAGCACCCAAGUCGCCUUGCCGCGCAUUAUAAAGGACUCUCAGUGUGAUGCACGACCCCCUAUACACUUGUUUGAUCAAGACCUUGGUUUGGACAAUGACGAAAUCCCGCCGGAAAGGCCAUUGACAGAACAUACGCCACUUUUAUAUAUCAUCCAUAGGCAUCCUGUCAUCAAAGUGGCGGCGGAGAUCUAUGACGCAACCGAAGCCGGUCCACCAUCAUCCGCUACGAUAGCUGAACUCAGCGCGAAACUCCGAAAUACUGUUGACGCGAUACCCCCUUCUCUCAGGUAUAAGUCGAUCGAAACUUCCGUUGUGGAUACACCCGCCACUGUACUACACCAAAUGAUUUUAAAUAUCCUUAUUAACAAGGCUAUUUAUCUCCUCCAUCGACGAAGCUUCAUGAAAGGCCCCACCGGAGAAGAAACCGCCAAGUCUAAUGAAUUAUGUAUCGAGGCUGCGUUGGAAAUUCUAGAACAUCACCGAAGAAUGAACGAAGAGAUUCAGCCUGGAGGGCUCAUGUUUGGUAUACGUUGGAAGGUUAGCUCGUCACUUAAUCAUGAGUUUCUUCAAGCUACGAUGAUGUUGUGUCUCGCUUUGGGUAGAUUCAAUGAGGAAAACGCGGAGACGGCAAACUCGCGGACUCUUUAUCGGCAAGAUGAUAUUAUACAAGCUUUGGAAUUCGUGGCUGGCAUUUGGGAGAAAAACGCUGAACGGUCUACAGAGGCGCGGAGAGCAUUAAAGGCUAUUGCGACUGUGCUGCACCGAGAUGUAGAUACAUCAAAUCCGCCUGAUUCGGCUCCUUCAGAUGCACUGUUUGAUCACAUGCCAGGACUAUCCGCCCAAAGUUACUUCGAGAGUUUCGAUUAUGGACAGAACGUUGGUUUGGAUCCCUCCUUUUUCACGGUUAAUGACAGCGACGUUAUGGGAUUCGGAUGCAUGCCAAAUGACUUUUCCACCGACCAACAAUUAAAUUUGUGACGUGGCGAAGAAUCGCCCCGCGAGAUGAAUUAAAGGAUUGGCGAUAUUCGAGGUACAUAAUUAUAUCCUCGGUGGGCGCACGUUCACCCUCAUUGAAGUUCACCUCGGAUAGAUGAGUCCAAGACGCAUCAU